AGGUGUUGCAGUUGGUACACGUUCGUUCACCGUAAAGGCGCGCUGCGAAAUUCCAUUUAUUGCGACAAGAUAAGACAUGUCGUGAUUUUGUAUGUUAUAAUUCUGAAUUUUUUUCCUGGGAUAUUAGUAACAAUGAGUUCUGUAGAUAAAUCAUGUUCUUGUCCAGUGUGCUUUAAAGUAUUUACGGAUAGAGAGAUUGAAGAUCAUGUAAAUAGGUGUCUUUUCCUGAAUUCUGAAAAAGAAGGAUCACCGACGAAUAAGAGAUACGAUAAUUUUCCUAGCCCACGCACAAAAAGGCAAAAAAUACCACAGCCAAGUACAAGUAAUUAUGAAAUCCAUUCAGAUCAGCAUGAAGUAGCUUCUACUGUUGGACGCACAGAUUCUGCCCAGAACACUGAUAACAACAUUCCUCUUGCUGAACGUAUGCGGCCCAAAGACCUUUCCAGUUUUGUUGGCCAGGAACACAUAUUAGGCCAUGCAAAAGCUUUACGCACAUUGCUUGAAAAGAGUGAUGUUCCAAACAUGAUUUUGUGGGGACCUCCAGGAUGUGGAAAAACCUCUCUGGCUCACAUAAUAGCCAAUCAGUGUAAGCAAAAUAGUAAUCGCUACAGAUUCGCAAAAUUAUCAGCUACAAUGGAUGGUAUUGAUAAAGUAAAAGAGGUUGUCAAAAUUGCAAAAAAUGAAUUGACAUCUUUCAAACGGCGAACCCUUCUCUUCGUGGAUGAAAUUCACCGGUUUAAUAAACUACAACAGGAUGUUUUUCUUCCUCAUGUGGAGAGUGGUGUGAUCACUUUAAUUGGUGCUACAACAGAAAAUCCAUCCUUCAGUUUAAAUAAUGCUCUGUUGAGUAGAUGUUGUGUUUACGUGAUGAAGAAGCUUGAAACUGAAGAUAUAAUGAAAAUCAUACAACGAGCCUUAACAGUUAUUGGUGUAGCUGUAGCAAAAGCUGGGAAGGAAGAACAUAGAGUAGAUCCACUCUCUUGGGCUGUAAUGGAUGAUCAAUCUAUCUUGUGGAUGGCAGAGCUGUGUGAUGGUGAUGCGAGGAUUGCUCUCAAUAGCGUACAGCUUGCCCACAACAUUCUGCGUCAACGAAAAGAAGAAAAUCCUGGUAUAGUGUCUUUGUCCCUAGAUGAAGUUAAAGAUUGCAUUAAGCGCUCACAUAUUUUGUAUGACAAAAAAGGAGAUGAACAUUACACCAUCAUCUCAGCACUGCACAAAUCUAUCCGUGCUUCGGAUGAUAAUGCUGCCCUUUAUUGGUUGACACGAAUGUUGGCUGGAGGAGAGGAUCCAAUCUUUAUUGCUAGGAGGCUUGUAAGAGCAGCAGGGGAAGAUAUAGGUUUAGCAGACCCAAGUGCCCUCCCUCUUGCUGUGUCUACCAUGCAUGGAUGCCAGCUGUUGGGUAUGCCCGAGUGUGAUGUCCUCCUAGCUGAAUGUGCUGUUUACCUUGCCAGGGCUCCUAAGUCAACUGAAGUAUAUAAGGCUUUGGGCAGAGCAAAAUCAUUAAUCAAUGAGCAGAAAGGUGCUCAGCCAGCUGUUCCUCUCCAUCUUCGUAAUGCUCCUACCCGGCUUAUGAAAGAUCUAGGAUAUGCAAAAGGUUACAAUAUGUUACACAAAGAUGAGUCCAACUUGCAAUACAUGCCUGAAGGAUUGGAAGAUGUAAACUUUUUUUAAACUUCACUGAUGAAGAGGGUAGUGCAGGGAGAUCAUAGAUUAUUAAUUGUAUGUAUAUAUUUCAAUAUAUGACUUAAAAAGUAUAUAAAUAUCAGAAAUAAGUGUAAAUUUAUGUACAUUUCCUUAGCAAUAUAUUCAACCAAAAAUUCUCCUACAGCCAUAACAUACAGACACAAAAAAAAGUUGUUGUUUUUUGUUAAAGUCACUUCACUUGAAUCAAAGAUUUGAGUUCUGUUUUCAUUUGUGUAAUUUGCGCCUCAGUCAGCGCAGUCAGUGGUGGGCGAGGUCUCCCCACGUUAAUAGGCGUUAUCACAUUCAUUGCAACUUUCAUUGUUGCCACCCAUCCACCAUUUCUUGUCAUGAUACGAAUUAGCUCAUUCAACUUGAUCUGCUGAUCUCGUGCAUCUUUAUUGCUAUUAUUCUUUAUAGCAGCUAAGAUUUUGUGAGAUGGAUCUGGUACCAUAUUUAAAGUUGUUGCUAUUGCAGAGUCAAAGCCCAGAACAAAAGCUCCUGCCAGAACCUGCAAUCACAACCUAGAAACAUGCUAAUGUCUCCUCCAUUCACUUUCAAGCAGCGUACACCUUCUUGCAGAUCAGUGUGAGUGUACUUUGCACCUGCAAAUGAUGGAAUUUUUGCAGAAGC